GUGACCGCAUUUCGCGCCUUCUCAUAAAAGCAAAAGCAGUCGUUGGAUGAACGAAAGACGAUUUUCAGCCGAAAAUGUUAUGAAUUUGUUUUAAUCUGGCCUUCUAGAGUGAUUUUGCCUUCGAGAACUUAGAAACAGUCGUUUUUAUUAGUUUUAGUGAAAUUGUUUGCAAGAAUUGGACAAAAUGUAUGUGAAAAGCAUCAUCAUCGAGGGCUUCAAGUCCUACGGUCGCCGAGUGGAAAUCAAAGAUUUCGAUCCGUCUUUCAAUGCUAUCACAGGAUUGAACGGAACUGGCAAGUCCAACAUCUUGGAUGCGCUUUGUUUCGUCAUGGGCAUCUCCAACCUGUCUAGCGUCCGAGCGCAUUCCUUGGAGGAGCUGGUAUACAAACACGGCCAGGCCAAUGUGACCAAAGCCUCGGUCACCGUCACUUUCGACAACACGAACAAGGAACAAAGUCCCUGUGGCUAUGAGGAGAAGGACACCAUCAGUAUCACCAGACAGGUGAUCAUCGGUGGCAAAAAUAAGUACCUCAUCAACGGCAUCACUGUGCAGAACACCCGUGUUGCUGAUCUCUUCAAAUCGGUGCAGUUGAAUGUCAACAACCCUCACUUUUUAAUCAUGCAGGGAAAAAUCACCAAAGUCCUCAACAUGAAACCGAAAGAAAUUUUGAGCAUGGUAGAAGAAGCGGCCGGCACUCGAAUGUACAAGACCAAGAAGGAGCAGUCGCUGAAAACGCUGGAGAAAAAAGACCAAAAACUGGUGGAGGUCAAUAGGCAGGUAAACGAAGAACUGCAACCCAAAAUCGAGCGGCUUCGACAGGAAAAGGCGCAAUACCUGGAGCUGCAGAAGUGCACCAGAGAGAUUGAGACGCUCUCUCGGCAGGACACUGCCCACAAAUAUUAUGAAUACCAGGAGCAAAAAGUGAAGCUGGACGGAGACCUGCAGAACGCAGAGAAGAAGGUUUCCAAGUUGGAGGGACAGGUUGAGUCGAAGGCCGAGGAAUACAAGCGGCUGGAGGAGAAUUUAAAAAAGUUGAUGGAGGCUAAGAAGAGUGAGGGCGAGAGCGCUCUGAGUGCUCUUGAAAAAGAAUUGCAUGAAGCUGUCACACAUGAUGCAAAAUUGGCAGCGGAAAGUAAGUCUCUUGGAGAGGCUGCGAGUAGCGAAGCCAAAAGGCGGCAACAGGUUUUGAAAUCGAUGAAAAAUGAUGAGAAACUUCUCGCUACCAAAGAAGCUCAAUUGGCUGGAGGCAGGGAUGAGUUCUCGGCCGCUGACGCUAAGACGAAAGAAUUGACUGAUGCUUUGGAGGCGGCCAGGAAACGGCACGAGGCGGCCAGCAUGGGCAUGUUUGUUGAUGAAGAAGGCAAAGCCACCUCUCUGCAGCAGCAGUUCAUCGACGCCCAAACCACGGCCAUCAGCGCAACAACUCAAGAAAGCACCCUUUCGAUGCAGAUCACACAACUGAAAAAGGAACUGGCUGCCAAGAAAGCGGAGCUGAAGGGGGCAAGUGGUCAAGAUAUAACACAGGAAAAAAACAAGCUCAAAACUUUAGAGGAAAAGAUAGCCUCUUUAAAAUCCAAAUUGGAGAAGCAAUCUGGUUGUGAAGAGGCCUAUGAAGAAGCUAAACACAAGCAGCGUGCUGUCGUCCGUGAAGUUUCCAGUCUCAAAGAACAAGUUUCGGAGCAACUGCGAAAUUUCCCAAGUGCAACCUUCAACUUCCCAGAUCCUUGCCCUGGUUUUGACCGCUCCAAGGUCAAAGGUCUGAUCUGCAACAACGUCCGAGUGAAGAAACCAGAGUUUGCCCUGGCCAUCGAAACGGUGGCCGGCGGCUCCUUGUACAAUGUGUUGGUGGACAACGAGGAGACGGCCAAGUUGCUGAUCAAGUCGGCUCACGAACGCCGCACCUACCUGCCCCUCAACAAGCUCCAGUCCUCGACUCUGCCCAAGGACAGGGUGGACGCCGCCAAGAACCUGGUGGGCGCCAAUGACGUCUGGCUGGCCAUGGACCUUGUCGAAUUUGACCCGCAACUAAAACCUGCCAUGCAGAGGAUCUUUGGAAACACGCUCGUCUGCCGAACGCAGGACGCUGCCAAGUCCCUUCCUUUCAACCCUAGGGUUGGAUGCACCUGUGUCUCGUUGGAAGGCGAUUCCUUCAGUCCUUCCGGUGUGAUGAGUGGUGGUUCCACCGACAAAAAGUCUCUGUUGCUGCCAGUGCUUGAAAAGUCCAGAGAGGCGAGAGAAAAACUCAAAGGCAAACAGAUGGAAUUGGCCAACAUUGAAGAGCACCUCAGAAACAACGAGAAGGGCAUGCAAGUGAAGCAGCAGUUGAGAGCCGAGUUGGAGGAGGCGCAACACAGUGCCAGUCUGUGCAGAGACUCUAUUGCCAAGAGCAACCGAGGCCGCCUUGAGCUUGAAAACCAAGAACUCGAGACCCAGCUGACGGAGGCAGAGGAAAAGGUGAAGAUUGCAAGAGAAACUUUGGCCAAGAGCCUGAGCAAGCAAAAGGAAGUUGAGGCUUUGAUGAAGGACAGCAAAAAUCACGCCGAGAAGCAGAAAAAGCAGGCCGAGAAAGAACUCAAAGAGCUGCAGAAGCAGCUCGACAAGCACAAACAGUCCUCCGAACAGAAAAUGCAGGAAUUCAGCACUAUGGAAGCCGAGAUGGAGCAGCUGAAGACAGCAAUUGAAACAGCCAAGGAGGAAGCAAAGGAGGCGGCCGCUUUGAUAGAGGCCAACGAAGCAAAGCUGGAGGAAGGACGAGGAGAUUUGGAGGGGGCUAAGGAAGCCGUGAGAGAGCUGCGGGCAAAGGUCACUCAGGAGAAGGACCGAAUAAACGCACAGAACAAGGAGAUAAACUCGAUCAACCAGACCAAAGAUAAAUUGACAAAAGAAAGAUCUGAUUGCGAACUUGAGCUGAAGAAGUUGGCGCACGCCAUAGAGAAGCUGACGGAGGAAAUCAAAGUGCUGGAAGAUUACAUGCACAAACUGGAGAGGAAGAACGACUGGAUUGUGACGGACAGGCACUUGUUCGGCCAGAAGAAUGGUCCUUACGACUUUGCUGCUCAUAAUGUGGUGGAAGAGAAAUUGGCUUCUCUCGAGUCGAGAAAGAGAGCGCUUGAGAAGAGGACAAACAGCAAUGCUCAACACAUAUUGGCCAAAAACGAAGAGCAAUUGCUGGCGCUUCUCAAGAAGAGAGACAUUGUGGAAAGUGACAGGCUAAAACUGAAAGUGGUCAUUGAGGCUUUGGACAAGAAAAUGGUCGAGGCGCUUGACGUAGCCUGGCAGAAAAUCAACACCGACUUUGGCUCCAUUUUCUCCACACUGCUGGUGGGAGCCACUGCCAAACUGGAACCAACUGGUCGCACCAACAAAAUCAUUGACGGAUUAGAGGUCCACGUCGGUUUUAAUGGUAAAUGGAAAGAAGGUCUUUCCGAGCUCAGCGGCGGUCAAAGAUCUUUGGUGGCUUUGUCUCUUGUGCUGGCCAUGCUCCAGUUCAAGCCUGCCCCUAUCUACAUUCUUGACGAGGUUGAUGCUGCCCUGGACCCGUCUCACACAGAGAACAUUGGUGAGCUGGUGCAGAAACACUUUAAGCAGUCUCAGUUCAUCAUCGUCUCGCUCAAGGACGGCAUGUUCAAAAAUGCGAAUGUACUUUUUAAGACAAAACUCGUUGAUGGCGUUUCUAACGUGGACAGAAUUAUGCAGUCCAGGGCAAACAAGUAGGACCUUAAUUUUACCUAACUUUAAGAACUAUGUGAAUAUUAUUUUAUUCUUUAAGUUCUAUUGUAAAUUUCAAACUUCAAGUUAGAGUGUAAAUUUAAUGCAACGUAUCUAUAAAGUAUUUUUUCAAACAGAAACACUGG